AUGGAGAGUGAAGGAAGCUCAGAUGUCUAUGACCCGGCUACUCUAGACACGGAAGAAGGGUUUGAUUCUGUAGAGACUAGAGAAGAAAAUGACGCACGGCCAGGUUCCUUCCGCAUCGCUAUGGAGCUAUCUCAUAACAUCCAUGGUAAUCGCAGCUCUCAUGAUGUUCGUAUAGAUCUGGAGGCCGGUGGUGAACCUGUAAAUCCAGAUCAAGCUCCAAAUGAUGAAAUUUCGGAUGAAGUUCCAGCUGAUGGAGCUCUAGAUGACGAAAGUUCAGAAGAAAUUCCAGAUGGUGAAGCUCAAGAUGAUAUGGCUCCUGAUGAACAAAUCCAGCAGCAUGUUCCCUUCUCGGUAACAAUCACCGUCGACGUCCCACAAGAUGGUCAAAUGCCGGUGGUGCCACCACAUGUUCGUAAAGUAGAUCUAAUGUCCUAUACCCCCAAAUUGGUCUCCAUUGGCCCUAUUCAUCAUAAUAGGAAGAGUUUGCGGCUGACGAAAGCAGAGAAAAUGCGGUUUCUUGGGCCUUUUUUGGAUGACAGGAACAAAGAAUCCUUACGAAGUGUAAUGGAAAACUGGGAGGCGAGAGUUAGAAGAUGCUAUUCAAUGACUUUCCAAGGGAUAAGCAGCGUUGAUUUUGUGGACAUGCUGCUGACUGAUGGUUGCUUCAUUGUAGCACUAUUUCGCCGCAAUUACAAAUGGAGCAAGGAGGGAGUUGAUGCUACUGACAACCCUAUAUUUUCAACAAGAUGGAUGCUGCCAGAAAUUGGUCGUGACUUGUUGAUGAUUGAAAAUCAGCUUCCUUUGUUCGUGCUUAAGGAGAUAUUUAAUGUAACAAAGCUAAUGCCUAAUGAAACUUCUUUUGAACAAGUUGCUCUCGAAUUUUUCAAGUCCUUUCACAUUGGAAAGGAAGCUAUGGUCAUCAAGAAACACCAUACAGAAGGCCACCAUGAACAUUUACUUGAUUUGUUUCAUUCCUUGUAUUUACCACCCAAAUCUUCUGAUUCAGGUGCAGCUCAAGAAAGACGGGAAAACAAGGAACCACUCAUGUACCGCCCAAGUGUGCAAGGUAAAAACUGGGUACCGAGUGCCACAGUAUUAAAAUCCUCUGGUGUUAGAUUCUAUGCAAUGGAAAGUAACUCCCUUGAAAUCCAGUUCAGAGUCGGAACAUUGGGCGGAAGAUUGAGUAUUCCCAGCAUUUCCAUUGAUGAGAGCUCCAUUAUCAUCCUUAAAAACUUGUUGGCAUAUGAGCAAAGCUCUAGAGGUAUAGAACCAUUAUUUACCUCUCUAGUGUUGUUCUUUUCCAGCAUGGCAUCUGUGCCUGAUGACAUCAAACUUCUAAGAGAGGCAUCCAUCAUUCGCCACCAGCCUGGUGAUGAUCAAAUGCUCAUUGAAGUCCUGAAACUUCUCAGCAAGCAGCUAGAGUGCGACGUGAGAGAUUGCUCCAUGAAACAGCAGGUGGAAGAUAUCAUAGCAUUUUGUGGUUGCAACAUAGACAAUUUUUGGUACGCCGGAGGACGCAUUCUUGCAAAAAAUGCUGUCCGUUUCAUUUUGUUGUGCUUGUCUUUAGUUUUAGCUUUUACAGUGGGCCGCUAUCAUCAUAGAUAA